AUGCUAGCCCUGAGGCUGCUCACUUGCUUCCUGCAGCUCCUGGCUGGGCUGGCGCUGCCUGCUGUGCACCCCCAGCAGCGGGCCCUGUCUGCUGAGACCAGCUCAUCAGAGGUGGAAGUGAUACCCUUCCAUGAGGUGUGGGGCCGCAGCUACUGCCGGGCCCUGGAGAAGCUGGUGGACAUUGUGACCGAGUACCCUAGUGAGAUGGAGUACAUACUGAGCCCGUCCUGUGUCUCCCUGAAGCGCUGCACUGGCUGCUGUGGUGACGAGGACCUGCACUGUCUGCCCGUGGAGACAACCAACGUCACCAUGCAGAUCCUGAAGAUCCCCCCGGAGGGUCCACCCUCCUAUGUGGAGCUGAAAUUCUCUCAGCACGUGAGCUGCGAGUGCAGACCUCUGCGGGAGAAGAUGAAGCCAGAAAGGUGCAGUGACACUGUUCCUCAGACGUAACCACCCCUCGGAGGAGCGAGACCCCGCCCCCAGCUCGUGUAUUUAUUACUGUCACACUCCUGGUGACCUCCCUGCUGGUACCUGUCCUCUAUUUAUUAGCCAACUGCAUCCCUGUUGAAUGAAUCCCUCCCUCCAGGACAAGAGGAAUGGAGGGAAAGGACCCUCAGGAAUUCAGUGCCUUAAACAGAACGUGAGAGAAAGAAGGAAGCCAGACACGGACCUGUGGGAGCUUCGGCUUGGGAAGAAGCGAGACAUGUGGCCUUGCAAGGGGCAGGCCAGGCCCCAGAGGGGACCCAGAGUCUGUUCCUGGGCCCAGCGCUCUGCACAGGGAGCCCAGCUCCUGGCCCAGGCAGGGGUACAGGCGCGUGCU